AUGGAAACACCCACUGCAACAUCUAUUGGACAACGCUGCACACCGAUCGGUCAACCACUUCUCAAAAUGUUCAAGGAUUUUGAGACAUUCACACCAUUUGGUCAGCCAAAAACACCUAAAAAGCAACUAUUGCCACUUCGCAAUGAUAAAGGAAAUACGGGAUCUGGAAGUGGAAAUUCGGCACAAGGGGAAGUAACCGGUACAGAGUGCACGAUGGAGUAUCUUGCCGAUCUUUUAAAGGAGAAGAAACAACUUGCUGUCUUUCCACAAGUUUUUCGUCAUAUGGAACGUUUGGUAGAUGAGGAGAUUAAUCGCGUUCGCAUGGCACUUUUUCAGUGUCAUUUUUCCAUUGAGCAUCUCGACUUACCAGAACCAGAGGGCGAGCCAGUUACUAUUCAGGAGAAAGUGUAUGUCCCUCGCAAGGAACAUCCUGAUUAUAACUUUGUUGGACGAAUACUCGGUCCUCGUGGCAUGACUGCUAAACAACUAGAACAAGAAACGGGCUGUAAAAUCAUGGUUAGAGGACGUGGCUCGAUGCGUGAUCGUCGGAAAGAAGAGAUGAAUCGCGGUAAGCCAAACUGGGAACAUCUAGAUGACGAGCUGCACGUCUUAGUUCAAUGUGAAGAUACACCCAAUCGCGCUUAUACAAAAUUGAAGGCUGCUGUGGAACAAAUCAAAAAAUUACUCAUUCCAUCGCCGGAGGGAACCGAUGAGCUAAAACGGAAACAAUUAAUGGAACUUGCAAUUAUCAAUGGAACAUAUCGACCUGUCAAUAAAUACCCAUUACAAACACCGCGAUUGAUUGCACCAAUGACACUUGUCUCACCAAUACGUCAUCCUAAUGGUUCUAUUGCCGCGCAACCCAUUUUUGUUUCACCAACAGGUAGCCCGAUCACUCCAGGGACAAACAUAAACACACCAACUGGCGUUAAUGCGUUCAUGCAGUCAUCUAAUAUUGAUUAUAACAUGAUGAUGAAUCAGUUAUCAUUCGAUGCUGCACUCCAGUCGUUCCCAAUGGCAGGUGAUUUCCAAGCACAUUCAUCGACAACCUAUCCAACUGCGACAUCUCUACUUAAUGCAGCGGCAACAACUGGUAAUAACAGUACGCUACAGUCUUAUUUCAUCGAAUCUAAUCCAAUCACACCACCUGAGUCCACUGGUUCUGGACGUCGUUGA